CAAAAAAUAUAGCCUCCUCGUCUCUUAAGAACAAUAUAGCUGGCAAUUGUAAUUUUUUUGCUAUUUGGAGGUGAACAUUUAAUAACCAAUGGGAUCAAUCUAGGAUUACUACCGACAUCAUAUCUUGAAAUCUCUCAAAGACAACCAUGGCCCAAAGUGCUUCGGUUCUCGGUGGGUUGAAUGAGAGCGUCUUUCCAGUGGAAUUAACAAGGCCUAUUUCAACAGCCGUUGCUGAAAGCACGACAUUCGAUGACAUAGACUACAGCCUUAUUCCAGAUGAGGGCUUUGGGAUGUGUGUGUACGAGAAGCACGGAGCUUCUUUUCUUCCAGCUAUCUACUGUAUAUUCUUCAUCCUGGGCUUUGUUGGCAACUCUUUGGUUGUCUGGGUCCUUGUCUGCGAGGUGCGACUUCGCAACAUGACGGACGUCUGCCUCCUGAACUUGGCCAUCGCUGACCUCCUGUUGGUCGGUUCCCUACCAUUCCUGGCCUACCAAGUUCAUGACCAGUGGAUAUUUGGGGACACUAUGUGCAAAGUGGUCCUGGGUAUUUACUACAUAGUUUUAUAUUCAGGCAUUUUUUUUAUCGUGGUAAUGAGCAUCGACAGGUAUUUAGCGAUCGUCCAUGCUGUUUACGCCAUGAGGGCACGCACGUGCUUCUUUGGGAUAAUUGCAGCAGGCGUCACAUGGGUAGCUGGAUUUUUGGCCUCUUUUCCUGAGCUCCUCUACCUAAAACAGCAGCCUGACCACAUGAACGCCACUUUCUGCUACGCUGUGUAUGAACCAUUCACUUCGGACAACUCCGAUAGUUACUGGCGUGUUUUUGGUCUCAUGAAAAUGAACAUUUUAGGAUUACUUCUUCCCAUGGUCAUCAUGUCCUUUUGCUACUUGCAAAUCAUCAGGCGGCUGCUUUCCUGCCAGUCGUCUAAAAGGCAGACCAUCCAGUUGGUGGUCAUUGUGGUGGCUGUUUUUUUCAUAUGCUGGGGGCCCUACAACAUAGUGGUGUUGUUCAAAGCGCUGGAACUCUUGCAAGUCUACACGGAGUGCAAAAGCAGCCAAGUCAUCAGAUUGGCCAUACAAAUCACUGAGGUCGUCGCCUACUUUCACAGCUGCCUCAACCCUGCGCUGUAUGUUUUUGUGGGCCGGAAGUUCAGGAGGCACCUGCUCAGGUUGAUCCACAGACUUCCAUGUGGUUUGUGCCAGCUUGUCAAGGUCUUCAUACCACAGCAACAGAGCAUCAGGUCCGAUAUCUCCCGAACCACCAGCUUGGUUGAGAGGAGCACUGCUGUGUGAAGUGAGGUCAUCAUUCAGUUUUGGAUCAUUUCAUUAUCUUCUUUUAUCUGAACACACAUUAAAAACAUUGAGAGAGCUCUUGUAAUGGAUUUAGAUGAUACAAGUGAUGUGCUUGUAUUAUCUAGUGAGCAUAUCUUGUAGAAGGCAAUUUUGUAAUGUCAUUGAAUUUUUUUUCUAAAUAGCUCAGUGGAGCUGAAGGGUAACAUUUGUGCAAUUCUCAACCGCGACAGGAAAUCAGUACAGUGACACCUUCAUACUUACUUGAGUUGUGCGCUCAGACGUACCAACACAAUUUCAGUUCCAUCUACGGGUUUACGCAAACAAAGGAAACCACAGCAUGCAAAACAAAAAAAGAAUGCUGUUAGUGUACUCAUAGUUUUUUGCAUACAUUGUACUGUUGAAGAUAAAAUACGCAACUCUC